AGACAAGACUCCUGUAGAGUUUGUACCAGACCCAACGGGUGCCAGUCUAAAAUAUCACUUGAAAGCGAAGGAGGCUCGCUGGUGGACCGGGUGGCUUACCAGAUGCAGCAGUGUGAAUGAUGAGAAAUCCGAUCAUCGAGGUCUCUUGGCAAAUCCUACCGUCUCACAAUCUGAGACGCUUUCCACACCUCUGCCUUUUUUGUUGGCUCGAGCUUCUCCUGAAAAGUUUCACCUCUCCGGCUACAAAACCGCCCAGCAAGAUAGCCAGCAACUUGCUUCUCUGUCUCACAGUUUGACGAUCACAAAAUAACAGUUUACUUUUAUUUCCUAUCCGGCGACAAGACAAAAUGCAAUAUUCUGCCAUGGACCAAGCCAGUAUCUGCUCUAGCGAUUUGAGCCAUUUUAGCGACGGCAUUAGUAACGACACCUUUGAUAUGGUUGCCCGAGGACGCCAAGACAUGAUCAUGGACGACAAACUGGAGUCGUCUCUUCUCUCUAUGCAAUCUCCGCGAUGUGCUUCUGCCUUUGUCUGCCACAACUCUUCGGCAGUGAUUGGCUCAGCUCCUCUUCCCUGCCUCGUCAACGACGAUGGCGCACCGGCUCUCAAGAAGCGCAAGGUCAGCUUUGAUGGACCACCCUGUGUCAUCAAUGAGUCUACUCUGGCGGAUGAAUCCAUCACCCAGGAAGACCAAGUCUCCCGAUGGUGGUCUCAAGAAGACCUCGAUCUGAUCAAGCAAAGCGCCAAGGAAAUGAGCAUUCGUCUCCGCAGACAAGCCAAGGAACGUGGUUGCUUUAUCGAGACGGCUCACAAGAAAACCUCUCUCAUGCUCACCAAUAACUUUCGAGAAUUGGUCAAGCUCAGUCCGGCCACACCCGAUCAAGACCUCCGACACUGGUGUGCCCGCAGCGAUGGUCGCCGUGGAUUGGAACGCUUUGCUUCCCGCGAAUAUGGGAACAUGCGCAAGGACGAUGUUGCUGACACCCGCAACUCGGUUCUGGAAGAGCAAAAGAGACAACGCUGUGGCUUUGCCAAGGUCAGCCCCGAAGCCAUUGCCAAAGUCUCCAAGCUCAAGUCACGACGAUCCCGCACGUUCUCUCUCUUCAUGGGAGAAGCUGACGCUCAAGCCGCCACGGCUCGUCAGGUUCCAUCCCGAAAUUCCUCCAAGAGAUGCAAAGUCUCUCAUCCUUCUUCUGUGACUGCUGCCGAAACUCCUCUCCUCCGAUCGGCGGCCUAAAAACACAACACAAAAACACCUCUUAUAAAGCUAUUAAAACUACUUCCUGCUUCCUCC